AUGAAGCCACUCUCUGAAGCACAUCUUACUUCUAGCUAUAUCUAUCCAUUCAUGCAUGGCCUUUUGUCAGCAAAGAAACCCUCAAAAGUUGCACAUUGUUCAAACAUAAUCCCAGAAGAAUUUGACGACACUAUCGAUCGACCAGAUUACAAAAUUGACGUGUAUGCAUCCUCUGGAUACCGAUUCUCGUACACCAACGCCUAUGGAGAGGUCAAAAAGAGCAACAAUGUUUCAGUCACAUUGCUUGCCAAAGAUUUUUAUCGGCUGUGCAUCUUUAGCAAAGAAGCAAUUGAUCGAUACAAUUUGCGAAAUGUCCUGACCUUUCAAGUUACAGGCAACUCAUUAAGGUUUUUGACGUUGCAAUUGGAAUUUUCAUUCUUAUACACUGUUACAGAAUUGGCUCGGUUGCGCAAUCCAACGAAGAAAAGUGAUCUCCUGGAUUUGAUGGGACAUGUGGACAACUUGCUUUUUGUUGCAUCAGUGUACCGAGACUAUUGCUUGGUUAGCGAAAAUGAUCUGACGCCUCGGCGCUGUGAUACACUGUCGAGUGCGUAUUUGGACGUGAUCAAAAACAAAUUGGCACCAAGGAAACGAACCUGUAACUUGACUCUUGACUCUUGA